AUGUGGAGCGUCUUCCAGGACGUGAUCUCUCCGAGGGUGUUCAUGCCAUCGCCGACCGCGGCCCGCGCAAAGGGAGAGGCCGAGGUAUUUCCGGAAGAGCUAGAUGCCGCGCUGGCGGUCCGUUGCAUGGCCGCCUUCCUGGAGCGGAUGAGGGAGGAGAGCGUGGCCGGCAUCAUGGUGCCCAUCAUCCAGUUUUUGCUUUGGCCUGCAGUCCCUGAGCUGGGUGCAGAGGCGCUUGACAGCCUGGCCAAGCUGAGUGCAGCGCAUGCGCUCGAGGACCUGGCCAUGGCGGAGGCUGUGCAUCUCGAAAGGCAACUUGCCUGGCGCCAAAUGCUGGAGAUGCUUCCGGGCCAGGCGUACAUGCCGAACCCCUUCAGGCCAGCAGUCCUCGCCAUGCUCGAUGUUCACAUCUCCGGCAUCGGAGACGGGCCCCGUCCGCAGCUCCAAGAUCUGUGCACAGAGGAUGAGAGUGCGGUGUCGGCCGACAUGGCCACCUGGAUGCUGCGAGAGUGCCGGGCAUCCCUGUACCCGGAGCUUUUUCAAGAUACAGGGCUCUUGCCGAGAGAGGUCCCUGCACGCUCGGUGAAGAAAGUAAUCGAGGUUCCGAGCCAGAUGCCAUCUGCAAAGGAAGGUGGCACCGACGCUUCCGUCUUCGACCGCUUGAGCCAGUUCUUGCAAAGUGCGCGCUGCAUGUA